UUUCCCGUAUAAUGAAGUUUUUUUUUAAGACAGGAGUUUAAAUAGUUAAUUUGUAGUUUUUCAAAAUGAAUUUAAUAAAUAACGCCCUAUCGGCUAAGAAUGUGAGAAUUCACGGCAUGUCGUCCGAAAAAUGGACAACAAGAGACAAAAUAACGCAAUACAAGGGAUUGGUCAAUUUGUACAGAAGAGAUCGCCAAAUUACGGAAGUCGAUACCGCUGUAGCCAGUAAAAAACAGUAUAAAGGUCUCCAGGCGUUACGUAAAUCCAUCGAAACUGAUAGACAUAAGUUGGACAAUGCAAUAGGCGGUGAUAGGCAAAAGCUACGCAAUACUUUGGCUGAACAUCGAGAACUUCAAUUAGCGCAUCAAAAUUCCGACCCAAAAAAAGUCAUAGAAAACGUCCACCAGAUUAAUUUUACGAAGCGCAAAGUUUUAGACAAAUUGCAAUACCAGAUGAAGCUAAAAUCGCAGCAAUUGAUCGAUUUGAAAUUAGAGGAAGCUCUGCUCCAAGACCGCCUGAAAUACGAAGUUUACGAUAAGAUAAAAGAGGAGGAAGUCGCGCAAAUCAUCACUGGGAAAGUGCAAGACGCGCUAUUGAAAAAAGAAGCGGCUUUGGCAAUACAACAAACUUACGCCGAAAUAAUUAACGUUAUGAAAAAAGAUGCGCUUUAUUUUGACGGAAUUUUAUUAGCCAUUCAAACGGACUAUUGGUAUCAAUGUAGGUGUGUCUUGAACGCCGCCAAACAGGGCCAAUUAGCCACUGAAUAUAAGAACGACAGAGAGCAAGAAUUUGAAGCCUUGGAAAAGGCGGUUAUCAAAGACAUGAAAACACAAAAAGUGGACUUGGAAAUAGUCCGCGAACAAGCCGAAAAUUUACAUUCAAAUUUAAAGCAUUUAUUGAGGAGAGACAGCGACCUAACGACUUGUAUAUUGAAACUUGAAGAAUCACAAGACUUUACGGAGUUACGUAAAGAUUUGAGUAAAAUUGAAACUGCGUUAACAUACUUGAGAGACACGACACUGGUCUCUUCUUUCGAACAGAUUUAUCCAAGUUUGCAAGAACAAUUGAGACAGAAGAGGCGAUUAAAUGCGCUUGCAAAAAAAUGUGAACGUAAUAGAGACAUAAUAUUGAAUAAAAUGAACCAUGCUGAGCUCAUGAACAAUAUGUUGAAAAAUACAAUGGUGGAGACAACCGGAGAAUAUAAAAAACGUAAGAAAGAAUUAAUGGAUGCCGUUGAGGAGCAAAACCAAAGCAAAAAACAGUGUGACCAGCUACGAGAUCGCAAACGUGAUUUGAUAGCAAAAGUGAGAAUUUCACUCAGACAAAUCCAACAGUUGUGUUUGCCCGUAAAAACGGCCGAGGAGCGUCAGCAUAUUAAAAAACACGAUUUCGAAGCCAAUGCUGAUGACCCUCCAGAGCCCCCACAAGAAGAUGAAAUUGAUGGGCGUAAAAUAAUAUCAGAUUUGACCCCAAAAUUGAGUUAUUUGAUGGCAAACGUGUCUGAGAAGAUGGACGAUUCUAAGACCGACGCCGCUUACAGAUUUUAUGAAAGUUUGAUGAAAGAGCGUUGCGUUGAAGAGCCGCCUGAAAUCACAACUGACGAAUCUCUUAUGGGGGAGUUCUCUGCUGAAGUGUCCCAUCUUCUCACUAGAGAGGAUAUUAAGAAGCAAAGUGCUGAGAUCGUCGCUGCCCAUAACAAGGAGGAAGAUCUGGUGCCAAUAUUUCAAGUUAAAAGAAAAAAGAGGAAGUUCAAAUAGAGUCUGGCACCUGCUCUAGCUACUAUCUAUAUUAUUUUUAUUAAAUAUUGUGAAAAAAACA